AAACCCACUUCUUAGAUUCUCUCCCACAGACUCAAAGACUCACAGUUGAUAAAACCAGCCUCCCAGUUUAUCCAUUUUCUGCUAGAGAAGCUUUUAAGCACCAACCAACCUAAGAGAGAUGGCUACUACCUCUGGUGCAGUUCUAAAUGGGUUAGGAUCUUCUUUCUUGCGUGGAGGGAACAGAAGCCAGACAUUGUUGUCUGCAGCUGGUGUUGGAGCCAGAGCUACUGUGCCUAAGAGGUUCAUUGUGGUGGCUGCUGCUAAACCAAAGCUGUCUUGGAUCCCUGCUGUUAAAGGUGGUGGCAACUUUCUUGACCCCGAGUGGCUCGAUGGCUCGCUCCCAGGUGACUAUGGUUUUGAUCCACUAGGACUAGGCAAGGACCCAGCAUUCCUGAAAUGGUACAGAGAAGCGGAGCUCAUCCACGGCAGGUGGGCAAUGGCUGCAGUGGUUGGGAUCUUUGUAGGCCAGGCAUGGAGUGGUAUCCCAUGGUUUGAGGCUGGAGCUGCCCCUGGUGCAAUAGCUCCCUUCUCUUUUGGCUCUCUUCUAGGCACUCAGCUCAUCCUCAUGGGCUGGGUUGAGAGCAAGAGAUGGGUGGACUUCUUCAACCCAGACUCACAGUCUGUGGAAUGGGCUACACCGUGGUCGAGGACGGCUGAGAACUUUGCCAAUGCAACCGGGGAGCAGGGUUACCCUGGUGGCAAAUUCUUUGAUCCCUUGGGUCUUGCUGGCACUCUCAAGGAUGGUGUUUACAUUCCAGAUUUUGAGAAGUUAGAGAGACUGAAGUUAGCUGAGAUCAAGCAUGCUAGGCUUGCCAUGGUUGCAAUGCUAAUUUUCUACUUUGAGGCUGGACAAGGGAAGACUCCUCUUGGUGCUCUAGGCUUGUAAACCCAAAUACCCAAAAAAAAAGAAAAGUUUCAAACUUGGAAUGUAGAUAACUGAAUUAGAGACAGUAGAUUCAAGACCCUUGGUUUAUUGUUCUCUGAGUUCCUCCAUCAAGCUUCGAAUUCUGAAUACUUUCUCUUCUUGGAUUAAUUAUGUGUGUUUGUAAGAUAAAUGAAUGUUGCUAGUUUAUUAUUACUCUAA